AGGAGUCUGGCGGCCACACAGGGCAAAGCCACAAGACAGGCCCUGCAGGCUCGGGCGUCCGCACCAGGCAGCGGCAGGGUGUUCCGUGGGGCUGCUGUGGAGGGGGCAGCAGCAGGAGGAGGAGGACUUCCCGGAGUUUCACGAGGCACAAACUCCAGGUCAGUCCCUGCCUCUGCCCUGCAGGAAAUCCUGUCAUCCCUCCAGGACAUAUAUGCGGCUCUGAGGACGGGAGCAAGGCCUCGGACUUGGGCUUUUCCUGCCUCGGGCAGGUCCCGCAGCUCCUCUGGCUCCACCAGGAGAAGGAAAGGAUUUCAGUCGUUACUGCGAUGAGAAAGACUGCACUGGGCCAUCAUCAAACAUCAGACUAGAGACCCGGCCCUGACAGGUGCCGCGCGGAGGCGGGGCAAGGCGUUUCCCCACCAUGCUGCGGUGUGCGAGGGUCAUUUUGCUUGGAUUGUUUUUGCAAAAGUCCUGCUCCCUGGCUGCAGCCCCAGAACAGGGAAACCGAUGUGACAAGAAGAUUGUCCUAACCGUCACCACCCCGUGCCAGCCCUGCACAGUCAGACUCCCGUGCCUGAAUGGUUUCACCUCCGCGGGAGUCCAGGACUGCAGGUACUACCUCUCACUCUCUGUAUUUGAACCCGGCUGCCGUCAAGUCUGCCAGAAGAACCAAUCCCAGCCCGAGUGCUGCCCUGGUCACUGGGGCCCAGACUGCAUGGAGUGCCCGGGAGGAGCAAAGUCACCCUGCAGCGGCCGGGGCAACUGCUCAGAAGGCAUUGAGGGGAACGGAAGCUGCUCCUGCCUGGAGGGCUUUAGUGGAACAGCCUGCGAAACUUGCACCCAGGACAACGUAUUUGGACCCAACUGUACCUCAGUGUGUAAAUGUGUGCACGGCUUGUGCAACAGCGGCCUCCAGGGCGAUGGGACCUGUGAGUGCUACACGGGCUACACCGGCCCCAACUGUGACACACCUGUCCCGGAAUGUGCAAGCUUGCUCUGCCCAGAGAAUUCCAGAUGUUCGCCUCAGAGCGAAGACAGAACCAAGCUAGAAUGCCGAUGCCUGCCCGGUUACAGAGCCAACGGCAAAGACUGUGACCCCAUCAACCCAUGCUUACAUCUACCCUGCGGCCCUCACGCCCGCUGCAACUACCUGGGACCAAACCAGCACAGCUGCAUGUGCGGGGAGGGCUACCUCGGGGACGGCCUGGUGUGUCUCCCGGAGGACCCCUGCCAGGCCGACUUCGGGAAGUGCCCGCCCGAGUCCACAGUGUGCAAGUAUGACGGGCCUGGAAAGUCUCACUGCGAGUGUCAGGAGCAUUUCCACAGCUUCCUGCCAGGAGUUGGCUGCAGCAUGACCGACCUCUGCAAGACUAAGAACCCCUGUCAUGGGAACGCAAACUGCACCAUGGCGGCGCCAGGCCAGACCCAGUGCAUUUGCCCCCAAGGCUACGUCAGCAACGGCUUCACCUGCUACGGAAACAUCAUGGAGCGACUCCAGGAGCUGGACACCGUGCCCAGGGGGACAUGGCAGGGAAAGCUGACCACGUUCAUCUCGCUUCUGGACAAAGCUUACGCCUGGCCGCUCAGUUCGCUGGGACCCUUCACCCUGCUGCUGCCCUCCUCGGAGAAGGAGCCAAAAGAAUUCAAUGUAGAAGAGCUGCUUCGGGACCCCGAGGCUGCACGGCACUUUGCCAAACUCCACAUCAUCGCUGGGCAGAUGAGCAUGGAGCAGAUGAACAACAGCGACACCUUCUACACACUGAGUGGGGUGCCAGGGAGGAUUUCCAACAGGGACAAGGACAAUCAAAUAAAGCUCGAACUUCAUGGGGGCAAAAAGAAGGUCAAAAUUAUAGAGGGGAACAUCCUGGCUUCCAACGGGCUCAUACACAUCCUCGACGCAGCCAUGGACAACAUAAAGCCCACCCUCGAGAGCGACUCCAAGCAAACCAUAGCAAAAUUGAUACCAGAGAGGUGCAGCCGUUUCCGAGCUUUGCUGCAGGCAACCAACUUGGCAAGUACCUUGGACAAGGAUGGUGACAAUGGACCGUACACCGUUUUUGUUCCCAGUAAUGAAGCCCUGCUCAGCAUGAAAACAGAUGAUCUUCGUUACCUUCUCUCCCCUGAGGGCUCUAAGAAGCUUCUGGAACUCGUCAGAUACCACAUUGUCCCGUCUACUCAGCUGGAAGUGGCCACCCUCGUCUCUACGCGGCAGAUCAGGACCAUGGCCAACCAGAUCAUACGGUUCAACGUCACCGCCAAUGGCCGGAUUCUGGCAAACGAUGUAGCCAUGGAGGACAUUGAGGUCACUGCCAAGAAUGGGCGCAUGUACACGCUGGGUGGGGUGCUCAUCCCUCCCUCCAUCCUCCCGAUCCUGCCCCAACGAUGCGACGAGACUCAGAGCGAAACAGUACAGGGCUCGUGCGUGAGCUGCGCAGUGGUGUUUCACAGCAGCUGUCCUGUCAACGCUGUGCCCAUGCCGCAAACCGUAAGCCACUGCACCAUCAGCACCGUGUUCGGCAACAUCCAGGGCUGUGUCCAGCGAUGCAAAAUCACCGUGAAGAUACCAAAGUGCUGCAAAGGCUUCUGCGGUCCUGACUGCAUCCCGUGUCAAGGAGCCCUCUUGAAUUCGUGCCCACCAAACAGACAGUACGUGAAAGACAUCAACGGCAACGGGACCUGCGUUUGCAAGGACGGUUUCUACGGCUCCCAGUGUGAGUUCUGCUCUGACCGCAAAUCAUACGGACCUCAAUGUGACCAAAAGUGUCACUGUGUUCUGGGGACCUGCGACAACAGGGUGGACAGCACGGGAGCCUGCCAGCCUAGAAGCUGCCGGCCUGGCAUACACGGGAAAUUCUGUGACACUCGCUUCUUAUUUUGUGGACCUUUCCGCUUACACAUCUGUUCCAUCUACGCCCAAUGCAGACCCGAUUCACUGACAUUGGGAUGCGUCUGCAGGCCCGGCUAUGAGGGCAACGGCGUUGUGUGUUCCGAGAAGGACCCUUGUGCAAACCCUUCCCGGGGAGGCUGCAGCCAAAAUGCUAAAUGCGUCAAAACGGGCCCGCCACAGGGGCACCUCUGCAUAUGCCAGCCCGGCUGGACGGGCAAUGGCCGAGAGUGCGUGGAGAUCAACCCCUGCCUGCUGCCCAGCAAGGGUGGCUGCCACAGCAACGCUACCUGUCUGUACGUGGGCCCGGGCCAGAGGGAAUGUGAGUGUCAGAAAGGAUUUCGAGGAGAUGGAAUUGACUGCCAACCGAUCACGUGCUUGGAACAGAGCGGGAUGUGUCACCCAAUGGCAACCUGCCAAGUGGCGGCCUCCGGCGAGUGGAGCUGUGUGUGCCAGGAGGGCUACAAAGGGGACGGCUUCCUGUGUUACGGCAACGUGGCCGUGGAGCUGUCGCUUCUCCCUGAAGCAGCUGCCUUUAACCAGUGGGUCAAGAAUGCUUUGCUGCAACCCGUCCUGUCCGCCUCCUCGAACCUCACCAUCCUCGCGCCGUCCCAGCAAGCUGUUGAGGACAUGAACCCAGACGAGAAGAACUUCUGGUUGUCAGAGAGCAAUAUCCCAGCCCUGAUCAAGCACCAUACACUGCCAGGCAGCUACAGCGUGGAGGAUCUGCAGAGCCUGCCAUCCCCUGGCACGCUGGCCACCUCUCUGCAGGGCAGCGUCCUCCCCCUGCAGAAGGUGGAUGGGAAUGUCACCCUCGGAGGUGCAGCCAUCAUCAACGGUGACAACAUGGCCACCAACGGAGUGAUUCACAUCAUCAGCAAGGUGCUGCUCCCGGAGAGAAGUCUGAGUGGCUCCUUACCAAACCUGCUCACCCGGCUGGACCAGAUGCCCGACUACUCCGCCUUCCGGGGCUACAUCCUGCACUACAAUCUGGCGAGUGUCAUCGAGGCUGCUGACGCUUACACUGUGUUUGCCCCGAACAACGACGCCAUCAAGAGUUACAUCAGGGAGAAGAAGGUCUCCUCUCUAGAGGAGGACACCAUCCGCUACCACGUGGUCCUGGAGAAGCUCCUGAAGAACGACCUGCGCCACGGCCUGCACCGGGAGACGCUGCUGGGGCCCUCCUACAUGCUGGGCUUCUUUCUCCGCGGGAACCAGCUCUAUGUAAAUGAGGCUCCGAUAAACUACACCAAUGCAGCCACGGACAAGGGAGUGAUCCAUGGCUUGGAGAAAGUUCUAGAAAUUCAGAAGAACAGAUGUGAUAAUAACGAGACCAUUACUAUACAAGGAAAGUGCGAACACUGUCAAAAGCCGCCCAUCUGCCCGCCCGGAACCAAACCGCUGGAGAAGAGGAGCCCAUGCGUCUCCAGCUUCUACUUCAUGGGAAAGCGCUCCGUGUUCAUCGGAUGCCGGCCGACCUGCACCAGAACUGUCAUCACGCGCUCGUGCUGUGCUGGCUUCUUCGGGCCGCAGUGCCAGGCCUGCCCCGGGCAGCUUGGGAGCACAUGCUUCGGGAACGGCAUCUGCAUGGAUGGUGUGAAUGGCACGGGCAUGUGUGCGUGUGACCCUGGCUUCCAAGGCACGGCCUGCGAGACCUGCGUGGACGGCAAGUACGGUAUCCACUGUGACCAAGCAUGUACUUGUGUCCAUGGGAGAUGCAACCAGGGACCCUCAGGGGACGGCUCCUGUGACUGUGAUGUGGGCUGGCGGGGCGUGAGCUGUGACAGCGCCAUCACAGAAGACCACUGCAACGGGACCUGCCACACCAGCGCCAACUGCCUUCUCAGCCCAGAUGGCAAUGCCUCCUGCAGCUGUGCAGCCGGAUUCCAAGGGAACGGGACGGUCUGCAAAGCCAUCAACCCCUGUGAGACCAGAAACGGAGGAUGUGCCCCCGAGGCUUACUGCAAAAGGACCACCCCAGGAAGCCGGGUGUGCGAGUGCAAAGCGGACUACACAGGCGACGGCAUCGUGUGUCUCGAAAUCAACCCGUGUUUGGAGAACAAUGGUGGCUGUGACCGGAACGCGGAGUGCACACACACAGGACCGAAUCAGGCCGUCUGCAACUGUUUGCCCAACUACUCCGGCAAUGGGAAGGUCUGCACGCGCAUCAGCCUCUGCCUGAUUGGAAACGGAGGCUGCCACUCGAACGCCGUCUGCAGUGACACGAAGACAGGCAAGAGGACUUGUACCUGCAAGCAGAACUACGUUGGGAACGGGUUCACCUGCCGGGGCCACAUCUACGAGGAGCUCCCCAAAGAUCCCCAAACAUCCCAGUAUUUCUUCCAGCUGCAGGAGCACAAGAUCCGAGACCUGGUCGGGGAGGGCCCCUUCACCGUGUUUGCACCCUUGUCUGCAGCCUUCGAUCGGGAGCCCCGGAUUAAAGACUGGGACAGGCUGGGCCUCAUGUCCCAGGUCCUCCGGUACCACAUAGUCGCCUGCCAGCAGCUGCUCCUGGAAAACAUGAAACUGACCCCAAACGUCACAUCCCUCCAGGGAGAGCAGAUCGUCAUCUCGGUCUCUCAGGACGCAGUGUCAAUCAACAAUAAGGCUAAGGUCAUAGCCAGCGACAUCAUGAACAGGAACGGAGUCGUCCACAUUAUAGACACACUGCUGUCGCCUCAGAACCUGCUCGUCACCCCCCGGGACGCCUCGGGAAGGGUUCUGCAAAACCUUACGACGGUGGCAGCAGCCCACGGCUACGGCCGCUUUAGCAAACUGCUACAGGACUCGGGCCUGCUGAGCCUCAUCACCAACCCCAUCCACGUGCCGGUCACUCUCUUCUGGCCCACGGACCACGCCCUGCAAGCCCUCUCCCAGGAGCAACAGGAUUUCCUGUUCAAGAAAGACAGCCAGGAGAAGCUGAAGGAGUACCUGAAAUACCACGUGAUCCGAGACUCCAAGGUGCUGGCGGUGGAUCUCCCCAGAGUUGCUUCCCGGAGUACCCUGCAGGGCUCACAGCUGAGUAUCAAGUGCGGAGCUGGCAGCGACAUCGGCCAGCUCUUCCUGAACGACCAGAAGUGCAGGAUCGUGCAGCGGGAGCUCCUGUUUGACCUUGGCGUGGCCUACGGCAUUGACUGCCUGCUGAUAGAGCACUCCCUGGGAGGCCACUGUACCGUCUUUUCUACUUAUGAUGUCAUGGGUGACUGCGGGAACUGCCUCAGUACCCCCAAAUGCCCGGCGUGGUCCAAGCCCAAGGGCGUGACGCAGACCUGCACCUACAGGAGGAUAAACCACGCGCGGUCGCUGCAAGGCUGCAGGAAUGAGUGCGUCAUGACGCUCACCCUGCCCAAGUGCUGCAAGGGCUACUUCCAGCCGGACUGCCAGGCCUGUCCCGGAGGACCCGACACCCCCUGCAACAACCGGGGCACCUGCCUGGAGAUGCUCUCGCUGGACGGUCAGUGCCUCUGCAACCCCGGCUUCAACGGGACGGCGUGCGAGCUGUGUUUGCCCAGGCACUUCGGGCCGGACUGCCAGCCCUGCAACUGCUCGGCCCACGGACAGUGCGAUGACGGGAUCUCGGGCUCCGGACAGUGCCUCUGUGACAGCGGGUGGACGGGCAGCUCCUGCGACACACACACAGCUGUGGUCCCAGUGUGCAAGCCUCCCUGUUCUGUUCACGCCGUCUGCAGGGAGAACAACACGUGUGAGUGUGGCCUGCAUUACGAAGGGGACGGAAUCACGUGCACGGCUGUGGAUUUCUGCAAACAGAACAACGGAGGCUGUGCGAAGGUGGCCCAGUGCUCCCAGAAGAACACCACGGUCUCUUGCAGCUGCCCUAACGGCUACCAGGGAGAUGGCUACAGUUGUGUGAAAAUAGACCCCUGCGCGGAUGGCCUCAACGGGGGGUGCCACGAGCAUGCCACCUGCAAGAUGACUGGGCCGGGCAAGCGCAAGUGUAAAUGUAAGAGCCACUACGUGGGGGACGGGCUGGACUGCGAACCCGAGCAGCUGCCCCUGGACCGCUGUCUGCAGGACAAUGGGCAGUGCCAUCCGGACGCCGACUGUGCUGACCUCCACUUCCAGGAUACCACUGUUGGGGUGUUCCAUGUCCGCUCCCCGCUGGGCCAGUACAAGCUGACCUUUGACACGGCCAGAGCAACCUGUGCCAGCGAAGCUGCAACCGUGGCCACCUAUAACCAGCUCUCUUAUGCCCAAAAGGCUGGGUAUCACCUCUGCUCGGCAGGCUGGCUGGACAGCGGGCACGUGGCCUACCCCACAGCCUACUCCUCCCGGAAGUGUGGCGGCGGCGCCGUGGGCAUCGUGGACUACGGGGUCAGGACCAACAAGAGCGAGGUGUGGGACGUCUUCUGCUACCGCAUGAAAGAUGUGAACUGCACCUGCAAGGCAGGCUACGUGGGAGACGGCACCUCGUGCAGCGGGAACCUGCUGCAGGUCCUGAUGUCCUCCUCCACGCUCAACGUCUUCCUGACGGAGGUACUGGCCUACUCCAACAGCUCAGCCCGAGGCCGGGCGUUUCUGAGGCGCCUGACGAACCUGUCUGUCCCCAGCACCCUCUUCGUACCACUCAACAUCGAGCUAGGGGAGAACGAGACCCUGACCGGGCGGGACAUCGAGCACCACCUGGCCAACGCCAGCGCAGUCUAUUAUGAAGACCUGGUCAACGGUACCGUCCUGUGGACCCCGCUGGGAAGUCCGCUGCUCAUCACCACCAGCCGAGAGGAGCUCAGCCUGAACGAGACCAGGUUUGUAGAUGGAAGAGCCAUCGUGCUGUGGGACAUGUUUGCCGCCAACGGAGUCAUCCAUGUUAUUUCCAGGCCUUUAAAGGCACCCCCUGCACCAGUGACUUCGGCCCACGCUGGCAUGGGGACGGGGAUAUUCUCUGCCAUCAUCCUGAUCACCGGAGCAGUCGCUUUGGCGGCCUAUUCUUACUUCCGGCUAAACCGGAGGGCCAUCGGCUUCCAGCGUUUCGAGUCGGAGGAGGACAUCAAUGUGGCUGCCCUCGGCAAGCAGCGUCCAGAGAACAUCUCAAACCCUAUGUAUGAGGAAAGCAGGAGUUCGGCGCCUGCCUGCAACCCCCUGGCGCUGUAUCCUGCUUUGGGCGCUGGUUUUCUUCUCUGAGCCCCUCGUGUGGGUGGAUGCCCUGCUCUGGUCUUCCAGGACGGACCCUUGAUUUCCAGAGUUAGUGACACGUGGCUCCCACCCUGGGGCACCCUGGGCAGGGAACCCUGCUCACGCUGGAUGUGGACCGUACGCCUGCCGCUUAUCACCAGCAUGGCCCUGAGGCGCUGGAGAAAGACUUCGCUUCUCCCCUCCUGUAGUAAUGAUCAGAGAAACACCAGCCAGUGUGCCACGGGUCUUUGUUUACCCAGCAGGCCGGGCACCCUCAGCCCCAAGGAAACUUGGCUCAUGCAGCUCCAGCAUCCCCACAGGGAGAACCCAAGCCAGAGCGCGGCUGGGCACCGUGCCGUCCCCCAGCCUGCUGUGGGUAACUGGAUUUUCAAAGGCUGGCACUGAAACGUCACAAAAACGUUUCCUUGCAUGGGUAUUAAGCUUUGCCGUGCAACAGAUGUCAUUAUUUUCGUGAGUAAACCAGGUGUCGGUGUCUUGUGAUGGCUCUUCAUGCCUGUGGCACUGGGCUCAGUAUCUUCAUCAUAGACUGGAAAGUAACCGGGGUGCAAAUCUUUCUUUGCUUUUUAACUGAACCCAUUGAAAGUGUGGAUUUCAAGGGUGGGUUCAACACUGUUGCAUUUAUUAACUAGAAGUUUAUUUCUGUAAGUAUCAUUAGGUUGAAAUCAAUGUUUAGAAAAAUAGAGGGUCAGGGCGUGAUGGAGCACACCUGCCAUCCCAGCACUUGAGAGGCUGAGGCAGGAAGAUCACCAUGAGUUCGAGGGUAGCCUGGGCCACAUAGUGAGUUCAAGGCCAGCCUUAAUUACAGAGCAAGAUCCUGGCUCCAAAAGCCAAACAAACAAACUAAAGCGGAGGAGACACAGCCAGCUUCCAUCCGACGUGGUCCAUUCCUCCCCAGCUCUGUCCUCCCCCAGGACUCUGUGCAUCACUGACUCGCCUGAGUCAGGUGACAACACCCUAGGACCAGGGUUCAGCUGUGACCAGGCCCCCCAGGGUGCAGCCGGGAGCUUGUGCCUUUCACAGGGAGGGGUGGGGACCCUGCACAGUCCUUGCAGCCAGUCCAGGGCACCGUGAAUGCCACCCGGCAGGACCUCUGCUACCCCACACCAUGCUGCUGACCCCAGCCUCGGUGCCCGUCAGAGCUGCAGACAGCCAAACCCUCAUCCUAAAACCUCGGUCACCAGGGCAGGGGGGCCGGGACCUGAAUGGAGGGAAUCACACCCCUCUGCAGUGUCCACCCUCACGCCCUGAGAGGCUCUCUGGUGCGGCCCUUGAGACACCAUGUGGGCACACGGGGGUCAAGGUGAUUUGACAAGGGUCCUGUAAGCAGGUCAGGCAGCAGGGAUUUCGUGGGCCCCAGGAGAGGCGGCCCUGUGCACCCGCACCCACUCCCGCCUCCCGAGCUCAGAAGCGUGAUUGAGGCCUCAGACGCUCAGCCCGAGAGCAUUCAGGGCAGCACAACAUGUGCCUUGGUGACUCACUGCCUCUCCC